CCUGGGAAGUGCCUCCUUGACUGUUUCCCCGUCAUUUAGUCAACAUGGCUUCAAUAAGGGAAAGAGCUGCGGUGUUAAACCUUGAAGAGAAACUGUGUGUUCGUCCUCAAGCUCGUGGAGUGGCCAGUAAACUAGUAGACCUACAGUCUUUCUCCUUGUGGAGUGGCCUAAUCUCGCACCUCCGGUCUUCUGUCAGGGUGAAGUGUCGACGAGUACACCUCAAGUUCCACAGCGACUGUUUCCUUGGCUCAGAGGCUGUUGAUGUGUUGACAGAACAUAUUAUCCAUGUGAAGGGCUUAGAGGGUACCAGCGUGUCACGGGACAAAGUGGUGUGUGUGUGCCAGGUUCUGUUGGACUGUAACGUGUUUGAGGCAGUGGGAACCAACGUGUUUGGGAAAGACAAGAAGCUAGAUGCCUUUCAGGACAGCAAGAGUAGUCUUUACAGGUUUCUAAAUAUGCAUAUGCCAUCAGUUGAUGAACUGGAGAGAGGUAUGCUUGUGAAUGGGAUCCAACAACUCUUCUGCAGUGCUCCUUCAGACAGGCAGAAAGAACAGACAUGUUCCACUGAGACACAUGUUCAGAUGUCCACCCGUGUCAUAUUCACUCAAGCAUCCACAAAAGCAAAUCAGCUGGACACUCCUGUCACUGCCAGCCUGUCAUUGGAGACUGUGGUGGACAAUCUGAGUCUGAGUCCCAGCAGAGUGCAGACUGACUCUGUGUUACCACAAUCAUUGGUAGAUGAGGUGUGGCAGGAACAGACUCUGCUCAGGCUGCUACACCUGGUGGAGCUCCCCCUCCUGGAAGGGGUACUUCAGUGCAGCCAGACUCCAUCACCAACCCCUUCAUCUCACCUGCUGGCUCACAGUAACAUAGACCUUAUCUAUAGCAGCAACCACCUGGACAGACAGAUCCUCAAGGCCCUCAGGGAGACUCAGGAGGAUGAAUGGCUCUGUGCAGCUCUGGACUGCCUUGACUUCCUGUCUGACCAGCCAGUGGUGGAGCUGAGCAGGGACCUGCCUUACUGUUUCCGUCAAGAUCAGGGGAGCUGUGACCAAGUCCAAGCUGGUAGCUAUAACAGUGAUGAGCCUCGUCUCUCUCAAAGUAGUUUGGCCCAGUGUAAGCUCCUGCUGUACAGGACCCUGGUGAAACACUACAGCUACACAGACAAACCUCCACUGCUGCCACAGUGCAUGACUGACGUCUAUGCAGCCAUCGCUGAUCUGCUGGUGAAUGCAAAGUUAGACAAGGCUCUUGAGGCUCUGCAGCUCUGCUUGAAGUUGCUGCCACCUAGCUGCAGAGAUGAGCUGCGCAGGCUGCUUACAUUCAUAGCUCUCGCAGCUGAUCCUCAAGGGAUAAAACUGGAUAAGGAGUUGGAAAACAGAUUAGCAGUGAAGAGGUCUUUCUUCAGAGCGAUUAUCCACAGCAAGGCUCUUUCAAAAGAGAAAGAGGACCUGAUUGCAGUCUUCAUGCUCAGCAACAUAAAGGAAAUCUUCAAGAUACCAGGGGCUCUGCACAAAGGAGUGAGUGACAAGCUGGCUAGCCUUGUCCAGGGGAAGCAGCUUGAUGUGACUGGCUCUCCGUCAUGUCAGCAGGUUUCCAGCAGGACUUGCACUGACUCUACAAAGAAGACCACCAAACAGGAACUGUGGGCUCUCCUUAACAGCAUCCACAUGGACCCGAAGGUCUCAGCCAAGGACAGAAAGCGCCUACUCAGACAGUUUUACCAAGCUCACCCACAUAUAUUUAACCAGUACUUUGGUGACUCUGCUGUUAAUGUGCUGUAGAUUUGUGAAGCCAGUGAUAUGGGCACAUACCCUGUGUCUCUGGUAUCUUAUACAGUCUGUUUCACUAGUCGCUUAAGAGGAGCUUUUGAAUUUUCAGCAUUUAGAUUUACAGUUGGCCAGUUAGGCACAAGCUGACUGAGUUAAAAGAGAUGUUUGUGACUGAGAGGAAAGAUAUGUACAGCUUAUAAUUGUACUUAAAUGUGUGUAUUUGCUUUAUUUUACUUUAACAGAAUAAAUGAACAUUUGAAAUA